AUGGAGGCACGGUCUCUGGCCUCGCUCAACGUCCUUGCGUCGAAUCCGCCCCAGUAUCCCGAGAAGCCAGGCGAGGAAAGAAAGGACCCGCUGGUGCUAUACAUCUCCCGCGUCCCAGGAACGCGAGACAUAAUACUAUCCCCUUUCAAACCACAAAUCAAAAAUGUCACGGCCGAAGACGUCGCCUCAUCGCUGUACUACGUCCAUCUGGAGUUGCCCGGCCAGGACCUGCAGACGGAGGCCGCCCCGCGCUCCAGCGAAGACGCCACGUCCGUGCAGGCGAUUCCCCGGAAGCCUGUUUCGGACGCGGCUCGGCCUCUGACGCCGGACAGUCUGCAUAAUGAAAGCAAUCUGCAGCCACCGUCGCAGCCGCCUGCUCAGUUCCCAGCCAGGCAGCGCGGCAGCUCUCUCGGCGCACGCGACGAAUCACUCCCUCCGGCACCGCCCCCUGCUCAGAACGGCAUGCUGCCUCCGCCGCGUCUCCAGACAUCGAUGCCGGCACGCAAACCCGUCGGCCCUCGGCCCAUGACUGAGGUGACCCCGCCGACGCCGCUCACACCCGACGUCGACCGUUCGCCCGUGCCACCGAGUGGUCCGGCUCUGCAGGAACGGCCCGCUGCAAUCGACCAAUUCAAGGACCAUGCCACGGCGCAAGAGCCACGCCGCUCGCCGUCGCCGGAGAAACACAGCCGGCGGGGCUCCUUGGCAGGGUCGCCCUUCACCUUGACGCUCAUCCGUCGCGAUCCGAGCUCCGGCAGCCAGUGGAAUGUCGGGCGCGUCUCGUCACGGCAGCUCGAGCCCCCAGAGGCCGAUGCCGAGCAGUCGGGCAUCCAGCCCUUCUCCGUACCACCCGUCGCGCCCGCAGCCUCGAGCCCGCCAAUUAACAUCGAGAUUGAGACAUCUGGGUAUGCCAAGUUCCGCCGUGCCGCGCCACGGAGGAGCGGCGAAAUGAGUCUCGAGGCCGUCAUGGCGGCAGUUGCGGAGGAUCACGCACCUCGGAACGAAAUUGGCGUGUUUUCGAGACAGGUCGUCAUGGGAUACUCGAAGAGUUGGACAUCCAACGUGAAGGAGAAGCUCCGGCGCAUGGAGCAGGUUGGCAGGGCCAGGAUGAACCGCGACCGCAGCGAUAGUACCGUCUCGGUCGACUCGGCCAUGUCCAGCAGCCCGCCCAACGACCUCCAAGGCAUGAAGCCCCGAGGCUACACCUUUACGAGCCCGUGGGACGGCAAGUGCGAGUUCCGAACCGGCACCACGGGACGCAGCGUCCAGUGUCGACACACCCUCUACGACGGCGAGGCCGCCAUCUACAACCCCCUUGUCGCCGACCAGGGCAGCGCCGCCCCCAAGUCGGGCAGCAAGACGGUCAGCGAGCUUCGCUUCAACCUGCCCAUGUCAGAAGUCGCCGGCGAGCAGGCACGCAACGCAAAGGACCAGUGGCGGGGCAAUUUUAGCAAGCUGCUCAAGCCUAAUGGCGAGUCGGAUCCCGACGCCGACACGUACGGCUACGGAAGUGAUGGCGCCGUGUCGCCGUUCGAGAUCAACGUCGGGAGCGAGCGUGCGGGCGGUGGCAACCGCGGCAGCCGUGCCAAGCUCGGCAAGCUGAUUGUGUACGAGGAUGGCCUGAAGAUGCUGGAUUUGGUGGUGGCGGCAAACAUUGGUGUUUGGUGGGGUGCAUGGGAACGGACGUUUUGA